GCAGAAUGCCGACUCGUUCUUGUUCUGGCAGCCUGGCGAGCGAGGCGCCGGCGACCGGCCCAAUGCAUCGCUUUCACACUCAACCCUUUGUUUGUUAUUCCUAUUCACGAUUCCCAGGACGGCUAGAAUUUGUAACUCCUUCAUCGCACUCUCCGUUCAAGUUAGUGGCUCCCUCCUUCCACCAAACACCUCCAAUGGCCAUUUCCCAUACUCCCUCCUCCUCUGUUCACACAAAGACUUCAACUUUUUUCACCAUUUUCCCCAGAAAUGGCAGAAGUUCCUUUUACCCUACACACCUUCUAGUAAACUACCCACUUCCAGAGCUCUGAAACAGAAAACUUCUUUUCCAAUUUCCCACCCAAAUGGCCGCUGCAGCUUCACCUUCACCAUAUUCAAUGGAUUCCUCUCCAAUGAACUCAAACGCCGAGGUUUCAGAAAUCGACCGGACCCGAAUCCCAUUCGUCCACACGGUGCCAGCAGCGAGCAGAAUCCUGCCAUCGGCAAGCCAGUGGAACUCCAUCGAGCUCGAUUUCAACCUCGUCCCACGCUCGGAGAAUGCGUACCAUUCAAUCCCUUCUAACUACUCCAAAUCCUAUGAAUUCGAAUUGGUCGUCUCCGAUAAGCCUUACUUCAAACGCUUCCUCAUCAUCUUGGGCCUCCUGGUCCUUGUCGCCAUAGGGCUUCCUUUGCUACUCCAUUUCCUGCCUCAAGCCCACCGCCACAAAACUUCCCCCAUGAACUUCACUCUCGCUGUUGCCCACUCUCUCACGUUCUUCGACGCCCAGAAAUCUGGGCGUUAUCCGACUACUAGUCCGGUGAAGUUUCGAGGGAUUUCGGGGAUGGAAGACGGGAACUCUAGGAAUCCACCGGUGGAUUUGAAAGGAGGGUUCUAUGAUUCAGGAAACAACAUAAAGUUCAGUUUCCCAACUGCUUACACAGUCACAUUGUUGAGCUGGAGUGUGAUUGAGUAUCAUGAGAAGUUUGAUGAUAUCAAUGAGCUUGAUCAUGUCAAGGAUAUAAUUAAGUGGGGGACUGAUUACUUGCUCAAGGCUUCAGUGAGGUCAAAUUCUACUAAAGAACCAGUUACCUUGUACUCACAGGUGGGUAGCACUGGAAAUGGGACUAACCCUUUUACUGAUCUAAGCUGUUGGGAGAAACCUGAAGACAUGAGCUAUCCUAGGCCGGUGUUUGCCUGUGAUGGAACGACGGCUGCUGACCUGGCUGGAGAAGUUGUGGCAGCAUUGUCAGCAGCAUCAAUCGUGUUUCGGGAUGAGAAGGAUUACUCAAAUGAGUUAGUUCAAGCAGCAGAGAGCCUGUAUGUCGCUGCAACUAAGAAAGGCCAGACUACAUAUACUAGUGUCAAGGCUUGUGGUGGAGAGGCCAGCAGAGUUUACAAUUCGUCUGGUUUCCAGGAUGAGCUUGUUUGGGGUGGAACUUGGCUGUUUUUUGCUACUGGAAACACCACGUUUCUUGAGUAUGCUGCUCUAAAUUUUAGUGCAGCGAUCAAACAGCAGGAUCCGAAGGAGCAAGGUGUUUUUUAUUGGAACAACAAGGUCGUUGCCACUGGUAUUUUACUGACAAGACUUAGGUUCUUCCGGGAUCUUGGAUUCCCUUUCGAGAUUGGAUUCAAGGCAGCAUCAGACAUGACUGAAGCCAUGAUCUGUUCUUAUCUUUCUGAUAAACACUUCCAUAAGUCACCUGGUGGAUUGAUUGUGUUAAUGCCUGAUGGAAGCCCACCAAUUCAGUAUGCAGCAACAGCAUCUUUCCUGACCAAACUAUACAGUGACUACCUUGAACUCGGGCUUCAAUCUAGUGUCACUUGUGGUAAAGAUGGUUUCUCUCUUCAGACCAUGAGGAGCUUCUCCACUUCACAGGUAACCAACAAUAAGCAGCCGAAGUACAUCAAGUUGAAAGCAGUUGAAUUUUAUUUAAUGCCUUAGCUUUUGUUUCUGCAGGUGAGGUACAUUCUUGGAGAGAAUCCAAUGAAGAUGAGCUACUUGGUUGGGUUCGGGAAGAAGUAUCCGACCCAUGUCCAUCAUCGGGCGGCAUCAAUCCCAAAGGAUGGCAAAAAGUACAGUUGCCUUGAGGGUGAGCAAUGGAAGGUGAAAAAAGAACCAAAUCCAAACACGCUCUUCGGAGCAAUGGUUGCAGGACCAGACAAGUCUGACAAGUUCUCAGAUGACCGGACCAAGCCAUGGUUCACCGAGCCAACCAUAGCUAGUAAUGCUGGUCUAGUUGCUGCACUCAUUGCAACCCAUGACCCACCGGAACGCUCGUUUGGCUCUAAGGGCCCUAAUCUUGGCAUAGAUCAAGAGAGAAUUUUUUCAAGCAUUCAUCUAACUCCACCAGCUCCUUGAAACACUUAUAUUUUGAGUUGAUCGAUAUCUAACUUGUCAAGUUAAUGAAGAAGGUUUGAGUAGGAGAGAUCAUAAUACAGUUGUGGCGGAAGUCAUAUGUUAGAACUGAAAAGUUUUUGAGCUAGUAAUACAAAAAGUGCAAUACUAGUUACUGUACCCUCAUCAGAUCUGUGAAAUUUUUUAUUCAAAGCAUAACUGUGAAGUUGGUGAAGCAGAAGCGAUUUCCUCUGUACAAGAGAUUCUCUUUCAUAUAUAAGUUCCCCUUUUCUGUUAC